GGGAAUUACUUAAAACAGGAGAGGUCUAUUUAUCACAUUAGUUCACCGGAAACAGACUGAAGGCAGACACUUGUGGUCCACAAAAACAUGGCAACUGCUUCUAUGUUGGCCAGGACAGCGCUGACCAGAAGGGUUAUCACCCACCGCCUCAGCAAAAAUGUCACCUUGUACAUGAGUGAGUUCACUUCUCCAGCCGCAGGAUGUCAUAAGCAGAGCUCUGAGGAUCAUAAACCCCUGAUGCUGAUGUUUCCCUGGUUGGGUUCACGUCCUCAAUCUGUGGCCAAGUAUUGUGAAAUCUACUUUCGUACCGGCUUCGACGUGCUGGUGGUGGAGAGUGAGGUUAUAGAGUUCCUGUGGCCUCGCUGGAGUCUGGAACGUGGAAAGAACCUGCUGGAGCUGCUGCAGAGUGAUCGCUUUGUGUCCCGCCCUCUAGUUGUCCAUGCCUUCUCUAUCGGUGGCUUCACGUUUGCUCAGCUGCUGGUACAUAUAUCCCAGGACACACAAAAAUAUCAGCCGCUCGCAGAGAGGAUCAAGGGCCAAGUCUAUGACAGCUUGGUGGCAGGAAGUCUGGAGACAAUGGCCACAGGUCUCGGUAAGACUGUAUUUCCUCGUUGGGAGGGUCUGGUGAAAAAGAUAAGCCUGUUAUACUUUGACAUUUUUAAAAAGCAAACGGUGGACUACUUCAACAUUGGCCUCGAUGCUUUUUGGAAAAUUCCCAUCACUGCUCCUGCACUGUUUUUCUUUUGUGAAAACGACGUGUUAAGUGACUCAAAAACUUUGGAAGAAUUGAUCGAUUGCUGGCAGCUGCAGGGAAUAACUGUGACGGCAAAGAAGUGGGAGCAUUCAACACAUGCAGGUCACCUAAAGAGACACACACAGGAGUAUCUGACAUCCGUGGACGUGUUCCUUCAAUCACUCGGCAUGGUCCCAUUGAAGGCGAAACUGUAAGAUCGUUUCAUUCCAGCCAAAUUGGAAAAUUAUCUUGACUUUGCCUGUUUUCUGUGCUUUGACUCCAAAUGUUUUUUUUAGCUUACGAUGUGUUGGAUGCAGGAAGAGUAACGGUACUGUGUUCAGUUUCGUUUCCAAUGCAAGGUUUGAGUGUUACCUACUCCGAGAAUAUGUAAUAAAAAUUGUGAAGCUGGCAGUGAAAAUGGUAAUUUUAACAAUAAAAGUCAGUCAGUUCUUUAACAUGGGUAAGAAUGAAGUUUGGUGGUUUACACAACUUAUGGCAGACUUUCACAACUGAAGCCAAAGUACCGGAGUUUCUGUCUCAUUUGUUGAAAAUGUGUCCAAGAAACUGGCAAGUGAUUCAACAAAUUCUAAUCUUUUUCAGAAGUGCUGCAGUAAAUCUUAACCCAAGGCAUGCAUAGAAACUAAUACAUUAAAUAUUUUAAUGAUAGCUAUUAACCUCUGCUGAUUUUCAAGUAACUGUUUUGUCUAUGGCUGGGAUAAUCCCCCACAGCGAUAUCCUCAUGUCUUAAGUUGUCCAACCAUCAGUAUAAAGUCUAAAAAAAUAACCAGUUUUGUUUCAUGCAUUCCUAAGAAAGCACCAAAUAUUCACAUUGGAGAGGCCGGGACCAGCACACUUGGGCAGUUUUCUCAUGACUUAAUUGGCUAUCAAAAUAGUUUCUGGGUAGUCGGUUGACUACUUGGUUUCAUUGGAUUAAGAGUCUCAAUAUGAAACUAAAUCUACAGUUUUAAUUGUAUGUGCACUUGAAUUUUCUCUGAGCCUUUUCUUCCCCCCCCAGAAUGCAACUUUUCAUAUUUACAAGGACGACUGAUUCUUUUAAUGGUUUAUCAACUUCUAGAAAAAUGUAUGUCUUGAUUCCACCUUGUUGGAGCUCGUGAAUAACUCAACAAACAUGUCAAUGAACAAUUUUUUACAUUGCAGUUUUCUACUGAAGUUUUUAUUAGGGGUUGACAGAUAACUUGUAUUUAAGGGGGUCGAUAUGGCUUAGUUGGAAUUACUACACACAUGCAGUAAAAGUGAUUUUUUUUUUGUCAAAACCUAGAAUAUCAAAAACUCAAACAUAAAGCAUUGAAAUGUUAAUUUAUUACAUGUUUCUGGUGACUUAAAAGAAAAAAUUACAAAUACUAACUUGUGGUGUCAGUAAAUUAGGUAUGUACAAGUUCCAUUGUUAUGAAAGCUAGGGUAGGCACUUUAUGUUUUAUGGUUUUUGUUUUCCAGUCAAUCACAAGAUCGCCUAGUAAUCCUCAGCGAUAAACCUGUUUACAUGAUCAGUGCUUUCACAAAAUAUCAAAGAUGUAAGUGACUAGCAAGACUGAAAUAGUUAAUGUCUAAAAGUUUCUGUUGUUUUCACUAUUUACAAAUGAGUAAGAGGUUCACUGAAGGUGGUGGCUGAACAUCACAUCGUACCUAUUGUAUGAUCUAACACUGUGUUUCAACACUUGAACAUUUCCAACAUGUGCCAUUAUAUUGCAAACAGUUGAUGUGAACAUGUUUUCCUCGUGUGCAGUUUGAAAAAACAAAGACACGUUAUUGUAAAUGUGAUUCUAUUUUUCUCAGACUCCCUGAUAGGAAUUUCAAAUGUAUUUAAAACUGAUCAUUGUCUGUUUUGUGCUAAAGUGAAAGCCUGAAUGGGAAACAGUAGCACAAAAAACAUUGGAAAACUGAUGUACUGUACCUGUCAGGCAGUAUUUGCACUGAAAAAUAUUGUAUUAACAAAUAAAAUACCUCUAAUACAUUCUGUUAAUAAUGCUUAUAAACAUAUGCCAUCACUA